AUGGGCAUAGCUGUAGAAAAUGGAACAUGGCAGGACUUUGCAGCUGUCGGCCAGCGCGAUCGAGCAGCUCUCGAGUAUAAAAAAGAACACGGUUUGCUUGCUUAUCCGAAUACAGCCACCCCUCACCAGAAAUACGGAUAUUACAAUCUAAGAGCACCGCCACAAUUGUACGGCUACGAUUAUUCCUAUACCCUCCCCGGUAUGUGCUGCAAUCCGGGCUUGUCUUUCGAAAAUGGAAGAAGCACAGAACCAGCCGAAACUUGGGUUCGCCUCCAACCUUAUCCCGAAACAACUCCCGAAGAAAAGUAUUCAGCAGGUGGCAACAACUUCCCAAACACAGGUUAUUUUGGUCCAUCUGGGUUUGAAGAGGAAGGCACAGAUCCUUUUUCGUUGAACAAUUACUACGAUACAUGGGCUCGACAAACGAUUGCUGGGAAAAACUUUGACAGUCGGGAACUUGAACAAGAAGUCAGCCGAAAACUCGAAAACUUCAUCGAUGAAAAUCAUAAAGAGCCGUUUUUCGCCUACUACGGCAUGAAAUCUGGGCACGCGCCGUUCAACACACCACUCCGAUUUAGAAACCAGACAGAAGCCGGGCUUUUCGGAGAAAUGGUGUUGGAGACGGACGAAAUCGUAGGACGCAUUCUGGACAAGUUGGAUGAACACGACAUCGCAAACGACACCCUCGUUCUUUUCAUGUCGGACAACGGACCAACGACGGUCGGUAAAAAGAUUUUCAACGAAUGGGGUCACAAGCAGUGGAGAAUCGAUCUACCAGAAUCUCCUGGUGGUAUGAAAGCAAGAUCAGUUGAUCUUCAGGAACUGGAUCGGCAAGUGAAAACUUUAAAUUUAAACAUCUUCAGUUGGCAAGAAAAUUCGUCGAUCCAAACUUUAGGGAUUCAAAAACACGAUGGGUGA